AUGCCACGCUUGUUUUAUCCGCAGGUGGUUGUUGUUGGUGCACAAAGGAGGCCUUGUGCAGUGGACGUGCUUGGUGCCACUGGGAAGUUAAAGGCGGAGAGAAUUAGGAAGGGGCAGGAACAGGGCUCCAAACUACAAGAGGACAGAAGAGGAGAGAGAGCGCGGCGGGAGGGAGGGGUUGUCGGGCCGAGCGGCAGCCAGACAGGUUGGUGUUGGUGA